AUGGCUGCAAUUCUAAGAAAUCCCUUUAUUCCUUCUCAAUUCUUCACCAUAGCCUUGAUUUUAUCACUAAGUAUCCGUCUCUUUCCAUGUUGUUACUCCAUUGAUGAGCAGGGUAGAGCUCUUCUCACAUGGAAGAGUAAUCUAACGAGCUCUACAGAUGCUUUGAGUACAUGGAAUCCAGAGGACCCGACACCGUGUUCAUGGUUUGGAGUUGUCUGCGACUCCCAUGGAUAUGUAGAGGAGAUAACCCUGGCAUCACUGGAUUUGCGAGGUACAUUGCCAUCGAAUUUCCAGGCUCUUAAGUUCUUGAGGACCCUGGUGAUAUCUGAGACGAAUAUAACCGGAAGAAUCCCGAAAGAGUUUGGAGAUUAUAACGAGCUCAGAGUUCUUGAUCUUAGCCAAAAUAACCUUUUGGGAGAAAUCCCAGAAGAGAUUUGCAGGCUGGGGAAGCUGGAGGAUUUGUCCCUUCAAAGCAAUGGGUUUGAAGGGACGAUACCGUUAACGAUUGGGAAUCUUUCGAACCUCGUGUAUCUUAGACUCGCAGACAAUGAAAUCAGUGGGGAGAUUCCAAAGAGCAUUGGAAUGUUGCAGAAGCUUAAUCUUUUCAGAGCUGGAGGGAAUAAACUUCUGGAAGGUAAAUUGCCAAUGGAGAUUGGAAACUGCAGCAGUUUAGUCAUGUUAGGCCUAGCCGAAACUGGAAUCUUCGGAGCUCUUCCUUCAUCGAUUGGGAUGCUGAAAAAUAUACAGAACAUAGUCAUAUAUAAAGCACAACUUUUCAACACAAUCCCGGAAGAGAUCGGAAACUGCAGUGAGUUGCAAACUCUUAUAUUGUAUCAGAAUAGCAUUUCUGGGCGGAUACCUAGAGGAAUUGGGAAGCUGAAAAAGCUUCAAACACUUUUUCUAUGGUUGAACUUGUUGGAAGAAUCUAUACCAGAAGAGAUUGGAGACUGCGAGGAACUCGUAAUCCUAGACGUUUCCGAAAAUCUUCUAAAUGGAACCAUACCGAAAAGUAUAGGACGGCUACCUAAACUUCAAGAGUUUCAACUAAGUCUUAAUCAGAUUACGGGUUCAAUACCUCCGGAAAUGUUUAAUUGUUCGACUUUGGUUCAUGUGGAAGUAGACAACAACAAACUUUCGGGCGAGAUACCGGUUUCGGUAGGCAACCUUAAGAACUUGCAUUUAUUUUUUGCUUGGGAGAACAAAUUAACAGGCAGUAUUCCCAGCACUCUCUCAGACUGCCCUGAUCUCCAGGCCAUUGAUUUCUCGUACAAUCACUUGACGGGUUCAAUACCGAAAGAGAUCUUCGGUUUGAAAAAUCUCACGAAACUUCUUCUCAUACGAAAUAAUCUAUCGGGAAUCAUUCCACCUGAAAUAGGACAUAGUAGGACACUAUCGAGGUUUCGACUGGCUAAGAAUAGGUUUGGAGGUACUAUUCCAUCAGAGAUGGGACAUUUGAAGAGCUUAGAUUUUCUGGACUUAGCUGAAAACCAUUUUGUUGGAGAAAUUCCUCAAUCGUUAUCGAACUGUGACGUUCUUCAGUUUAUUGACCUCAGUUCAAAUGAGUUCACCGGUACUCUUCCAAUCGAACUGCCGAUGAGCCUACAGUUUUUAAAUAUAUCCAACAACAGGCUUGAAGGUCAGGUCAACCCGGGCAUCGGAGCUUUGACGGAACUAACAAAACUUGACCUGAGAAACAACCAACUUUCAGGGCAAAUCCCAGCAGAAAUUGUUUCCUGUCAAAAGCUUCAAUUUUUAGACCUCAGCAACAAUUUCUUCUCUGGGGAACUCCCUAAGCAAUUAGGUAUAAUUUCUUCACUUGACAUUGCUCUUAAUCUAAGUUGGAAUCGUUUCUCAGGUGAAAUCCCGUCCGAAUUCUCUGGUCUCGUCAGGCUAAGUAUUCUAGACCUCUCCCAUAACAACCUCUCUGGGGACCUAAGCCUUCUUGUAGAGCUUGAAAACCUUGUGACUCUAAACAUCUCCUACAACCACUUCUCCGGCGAAUUGCCCGACACGCCAUUCUUUCAAAAGCUCAGUAAAAGCGCCAUUGCUGGAAACAAAGACCUCUAUGUUUCAGGCGAGCAAGUAAUUCCUGAAGGCAAGUUUGAAUCCAGAAACGUAAGCAAAGAAGCAAUAAAGAUAGUCCUGCCAAUCUUGAUCAGCAUAAGUGCAGUGCUUUUCUUUUUAGCGAUCUACUUGCUAAUUCGCACACAAAUGGCUAAUUUCAUGCUACUGAUAGAUGGCGAUAAAUGGGAAAUAACCCUGUUUCAAAAACUUGAUAUCUCAAUCGACUACAUCAUUAAAAACUUAACUGAAUCGAACGUGAUCGGUGCUGGAAGCUCUGGUGCCGUGUACAGAAUCACAACCCCAAAAGGGAAAACAGUGGCAGUGAAGAAAAUGUGGUCAACCGACGAAUCUGGAGGCUUCAACUCUGAAAUCCGUACUUUGGGAUUAAUUCGACACAAGAACAUAAUAAGGCUACUGGGUUGGGGAUCCCACAGGAAUUUGAAGCUCCUGUUUUAUGAUUAUCUUCCAAAUGGAAGCUUGAGCUCUUUUAUCCAUGACAAUGGAAAAGGAGGAGCAGAAUGGGAGGCCAGAUACGACAUCCUCUUAGGAGUGGCUCAUGCUCUAGCAUAUCUUCACCAUGAUUGUACUCCACCAAUCGUACAUGGCGAUGUGAAAACACUGAAUGUCCUGCUCGGCCAUGACUUUGAGCCAUACCUAGCCGACUUUGGUCUCGCCAGUAAUGUGAGUACAAACAACAGCAAUGAUGCUUCAAAGAAGCCAAUACUCAGACAACUUGCUGGCUCUUUCGGGUACAUGGCUCCAGAACAUGGGUCGAUAUUGACAGUCUCAGAGAAGAGCGAUGUGUACAGCUUCGGUAUAGUGGUAAUGGAGGUUCUAACAGGGCGGCACCCUCUGGACCCGACAUUACCUGGAGAAGGCAAUUUGGCGCAAUGGGUUAGAGACCAUUUAGCCACAAAGAAAAACCCAGCCGACAUUUUAGACUCGAAGCUUAGAGAAAGAACCGAACCCACAAUGCGCGAAAUUCUUCAAACCCUAGACGUCGCGUUGAUCUGUGUCAGCGUCAAGUCCGACGAUCGACCCCCCAUGAAAAGUAUAGUCGCCAUGCUCGAGGAGAUUCGAAGUGUCGAAGUGGGGAAAGCUGCUGCCGAUGACCCCAAGGCGGAAAAGCCGGUGGUGAUUCAAUCGACCCUGCAGAGGAAGUUUUCGUCUCAAGGAUCUUUGUAUUGCAAAUCUCCUUUGUAG